AAAGAGUUUGAAAUUACAUAAACUACCUUAUCUUCCUACUUCAUCUCUGUUGCUCUCUCCUCACACACACUCUCACAAAAACCCCAUCCAAAUUACCACCACUUCUCCUUCCCAAAACCCUAAUAAACAUCAACCCCAUCUCGCUUCCCAUGGACUCCAAGCCCUCCUCACCGGAAACCACCUCGCCUACCGUCAACACACCAGGUUCUCCGUCAUCUUCUUCUUAUUCCUCAUCUUCUUUCACUUCUUCAACAUCCUCUUCAAACGGUUUAAUUAAUGAUAAUUCAGCUAAGAAUCAUAGUAUUGAAGCUAAUGAUAUCGCUACUAAUCAAUUAAAUAAUACUGAUGGUGGAGGGAGUAGUGACGGAGGGUUUGUUAGUGGAGAGGAGGAGUUUGAAAUUGAGACGGGCAAGGCGUUUGUUGCUGCUGGUAGCGGCGGCGGUGUUGGCGGUGGUGGGGGUUCGACUUAUGUUGACCCGGCGGAGUUUCCAGCAUUGAAAGUAUCGGCUGCUGCGAAUUAUGAUGACGAUGAUGAUACUGAUGUUGAUGAUGAUGAAAAUGUUGUAGGAGAGGGUGAAUUGAGUAGUAAUACUCGUAAUAAGGGUUUUAGAAUGAGCUGGGCGGAUAUUGUGGGCAAUACUAAAGGGAAAGAUGUUCCUGUCGAAGUGGCUGAUGUAGUAGACAGUGAGAAGGAGAAGCCUGAGGUUUCUGGUGGCAAGGAGAUUGAAAAGGGUGAGACUGUUUUAGAACCCGAGAUGGAAACUGAUGCCCAGAAAUUUAAUAGUGGAGAGGACAUAGUUGUUGAGGCUGUACAAGUUGAUUUGCCGGGGUCGGAGAUAGGGUCUGGAGUGGCUUAUGUUGGAGGUGUGGAGGAAAGUAAGAGUUCUGUUGAUAUUAUAGGAGAUGAUGAGGUUUUAGUUGAUGAUAGUGUGCCUCUUGAUAAUGGUUUUGAUAAGAUUAGUGGGGAUGUAGAGGGAGCCAUUGUUGAUGAUAGCGUGCGUCGUGAUAAUUGUUUUGAUAAGAUUAAUGGGGAUGUAGAAGGACCAGUUGAUGCUGAGAUUGAAUCCGUUAAGAACAUUCAAGCUGUAACUAGAGAUGUAGAAGUACCAGUUGCUGUUGAUGCUGAAUCUGGAGAGGGUGAAAACUCUGUUGCAGUUGUUAAUGAUAGUCCAGACGUUCAUGAAAAUAGUGCCGUAAAAAUCGAAACUGCUGAUGAUACAGGUAAUAAUGAGAAAGAAGAGAAGGAAUUUGUGCCAGAAACUGAUGACGGGAUUAAGCAGAUUGAGUCUGCAGUUGAGACAGCUGCUAGUGCAUCAGAUAUUGCAGCUGUUAAUGGUGUAGAUGGAGAGGAUAAUGAUGAAGUUUUGGCAACAGAGCCUAGUGCAGAAAUUUCUCAUACACAUGCUGGCGAUACAAGUAGUAAUGAGAAAGAAUUGGGGCCCGAGACUGGUGACGGAACUAAGCCGGUUGAGUCAGCUGUUGAGACAGCUACCAAUGCAUCAGAUAUUGCGGCUAAUGGUCCUGUAGAUGGAGGAGAUAGAGAUGUAAUUCUGGCAACAGAUCCUAAUGCAGAAAUUUCACAUGCAGAUGUUGCUCAUGAUUUGAGUGAUGUGAUAAAAGAAUUGGAAGAUGAGAUCUUGAGCGGACAUGAUGCACCUGAAUCUGCUGAACUAGAUGCUGCUUUUGGAAAUGAGGAAUUUGAAAAUGAAAAUGAAGACGAGAACUAUGUGGGUGGAAACGGCGAGGAUGAAGGGUCAGUUACAGAUGGAGAUGAUGAGGGCAUGAUUUUUGGAAGCUCUGAAGCUGCUAAGCAGUUCUUGGAGGAGCUGGAGCGAGGAUCAGCUGUUGGUGCUCCUUCUGGUGCAGAAAGUUCUCGUGAUAUUUCACAGAUGAUUGAUGGUCAAGUCAUGACGGACUCAGAUGAAGAAGUGGACACUGAUGAAGAAGGUGAGGGAAAGGAACUGUUUGAUUCUGCUGCCUUGGCAGCUCUUCUGAAAGCAGCCACUAGCGCAGGCUCGGAGGGUGGCUCUGUGACUGUGACUGCUCAAGAUGGUUCAAGACUCUUCUCUGUAGAGCGACCUGCAGGUUUGGGAUCCUCUCUCAGACCUGUGAAACCUGCUGCAAGGUCAAAUCGCCCUAAUCUUUUUAGUUCUUCCAUUCUCACAUCCGGAGGCGACUCAGAUAACAAUUUGAGUGAAGAAGAGAAAAAGAAACUGGAAAAGUUGCAGCAAUUAAGGGUGAAAUUUUUGAGGCUGGUUUACAAGCUUGGCCAUUCCCCAGAAGAAUCGAUUGCAGCGCAGGUACUGUACCGCUUGGCGCUUGUUGCUGGGAGGCAAACCAAUCAACUCUUUAGUCUUGAUGCUGCAAAAAAGACAGCUUUGCAGCUUGAAGAGGAGGGGAAAGAAGAGUUGGACUUUUCUCUGAACAUACUGGUUCUGGGGAAAACAGGGGUGGGCAAAAGUGCGACAAUUAAUUCUAUUUUUGGUGAACAGAAGUCCCCAAUCAAUGCAUUUGAACCUGCUACAAAUUCCGUUAGAGAAAUAACUGGUGUGGUUGAUGGGAUUAAGAUCCGGGUGAUUGAUAGUCCAGGUCUCAAGUCAUCUGGUUCAGCACAAGGGGUAAACCGCAAGCUUCUGUCUUCCGUAAAUAAACUCAUGAAGAAAUGUCCUCCAGAUAUUGUUCUAUAUGUUGAUCGACUUGAUUCUCAGACUAGGGAUCUUAAUGAUCUGCCAUUGUUGAGAUCUAUCACUAGUUCUCUCGGUUCAUCAGUUUGGCGAAAUGCUGUUGUUACCUUGACCCAUGCUGCUUCAGCACCUCCUGAUGGACCAUCUGGUUCUCCUUUGAGCUAUGAAGUGUUUGUUGCUCAACGUUCUCAUGUUGUUCAACAGUCUAUUGGUCAAGCCGUCGGUGAUUUACGCUUGAUGAAUCCAAGUUUGAUGAAUCCUGUUUCUCUUGUAGAGAACCAUCCCUCUUGUCGUAAAAACAGGGAUGGCCAGAAGGUGCUUCCUAAUGGUCAAACUUGGAGACCUCAGUUACUGAUGCUGUGUUACUCUAUGAAGAUUUUAUCCGAAGCAAGCUCUCUCUCAAAGCCUCAAGAUCCAUUUGAUCAUCGGAAAUUAUUUGGUUUCCGCUCCCGUGCACCUCCUCUUCCAUAUCUCUUGUCUUGGUUGCUGCAGUCCCGUACCCAUCCUAAGCUCUCCACUGAUCAGGGGGGUGAUAGUGUUGAUUCAGACGUUGACUUGGCUGACUUGUCGGAUUCUGACGAUGAAGAAGAAGAGGAUGAGUAUGAUCAGCUCCCACCAUUUAAACCUCUCAGGAAAAAUCAGCUUGCCAAGCUUAGCAAGGAGCAGAAGAAAGCAUAUCUUGAGGAGUAUGACUAUCGUGUGAAGCUCCUCCAGAAAAAGCAAUGGAGAGAAGAGUUGAGGAGAAUGAAAGAGAUGAAGAAGAAAGGAAAGACACCUACCGAUGAAUAUGGCUAUAUUGGUGAAGAUGGCGAUCAAGAAAAUGGAGCUCCAGCUGCUGUGCCUGUUCCAUUACCUGAUAUGGCUUUGCCACCUUCAUUUGAUGGUGAUAAUCCUGCUUUCAGGUACCGGUUUUUGGAGCCAAAUUCUCAGUUUCUCGCAAGGCCAGUUCUCGACACACAUGGUUGGGAUCAUGACUGUGGCUAUGAUGGUGUCAACAUUGAAAAUAGUCUCGCUAUUGCUAAUCGAUUUCCGGCUACCGUGGCUGUUCAAGUAACAAAAGACAAGAAAGAGUUCAGCAUCCAUUUGGAUUCUUCAGUUGCUGCUAAGCAUGGCGAGAGUGGAUCAAGUAUGGCAGGAUUUGACAUUCAAAACGUUGGGAAACAACUUGCCUACAUCCUCAGAGGUGAGACCAAGUUCAAAAACUUCAAAAUGAACAAGACAGCAGCUGGGGUGUCAGUUACAUUCUUGGGCCAAAACGUAGCUGGCGGUUUCAAAGUCGAGGAUCAGAUUGCACUUGGGAAGCGCCUUGUGUUGGUUGGCAGCACCGGGACAGUCCGCUCUCAGGGUGAUGCAGCAUAUGGAGCCAAUUUGGAAGUGCGGUUGAGAGAAGCGGAUUUUCCUAUUGGCCAGGAUCAGUCCACUCUGGGCUUGUCUUUAGUGAAGUGGAGAGGUGACUUGGCACUGGGGGCUAACCUUCAGUCCCAAUUUUCUGUUGGACGAGGAUCAAAAAUAGCUGUUCGUGCAGGACUGAACAACAAGAUGAGCGGACAAAUUUCUGUUCGAACAAGCAGCUCUGAUCAGCUUCAAAUUGCACUUGUGGGUCUUCUUCCAAUUGCAAUGUCCAUCUAUAAAAGCCUUCGGCCAGGGGUUAGUGAGAACUAUAUGUACUAGUUCCUGCUCCAUUUUUUCCCUUAAUGCCAUAUUGUAUUACUUUGUGCUGCGUAAUAGAUUAGAUAAUCUGUUGAGCUUUGUUUAGUUUUAAAUAAAACUGAGUUUUCUUUCAUGUAUAACUUAUUGCUCUUAUGAGAUUCAUGUUCAAUUGCGUGACUAAAUGUAUCAAAAUAUGAGAUGGAUUCAUUAGGAGACUAAAUAAUAAGUCUGUCGUUGUUCAGCGCA